GCGAGCUUCGAAAGGGCGGGAAAGGCGGUUGGAGAGGGAGGGGCGAGCGGUUACUCACUCCAUGGCUGUGGAACAGAGAGGCGGCGGCGGCCUCCGCUGAAGAAAGAAGGCGGUAGCGAAGAGCGCAAGCGCGGAAGAAAACAGAUGCGCUUCUUUGCCAGUGCAGACAAAUGGCCUCUGCUUAAGGUUCCUCUUCAUGAAUUAGUACGAAGACAGCCAAUGUGGUGACUGAAUUUGGAAUCAGUGGCUUUUAAAGCCUCACCACUGUUCUGACUUCACACCAGGACCCUGGCACCUUUAAUCUAACAGGAAUCAGGACAAAGCCACCAUCAUUCACGCCGUUUCCGCACACGCCCCAAGAUGACUUCUGUCCCGGGCUAACCAGAAAGGCCAUGGGCACUGAGAGGGCCCCCCAGAGCCAGCUGUGCAAGUCCAGGAGGUGAGCUCGUGGCGUGCCCGGAGCCAGGGGAUUUUUAAGCGCAAUCCUGUGGUGGAGAGACCAGGGGGUCUGCUCGGACCCCGGCAGGGCCCUCCAAACUGAUCUGGGGACCGACACGGCUUGCCGAGACCAGUGCAGGAGUUCCACAGCCCUGCGGCCUCCACCCCUUUCUGCGUCCAUGUUACUCCUGCUCGUGACAUUGCCAUGGGGAAGUAGCACAGAUGGGCCUCCGGGGAGGGGCCGGCCGGACCCCCAGCUCUGCAGGCCGGGCUCCCCCUCCGACACAAGGUGUCUGGGAUUAGAGGAGAAACCAGGCGGUGUGCUCAACUCGUGUCACCAUGAAGGAAGGAGGCAGGGUCUGUGAUGGGAAGGCCUUCCCACGCUGAGGCCUGGGACACCAUCUCCCGCGGAGAGUUAUGGCCUCGUCGGCCCGGUACUUGCUUGUCCUGAUCUCCAUCUUCUUCAGCCUGGUGGCCUCCCUGGACUGGAAGACUUCCCAUAGCCAGGAUCCCUUUGAGAAAUGUAUGCAUGAUCCUGACUAUGAGGUGCUGCUCAAGGUUGUGACCUUGGGCCUCAAUCGAACCUCAAAGCCCCAGAGGGUGAUUGUGGUUGGUGCCGGUGUGGCUGGGCUGGUAGCUGCCAAGGUGCUCAGUGAUGCCGGACACAAGGUCACCAUCCUGGAGGCAGACAACAGGAUCGGAGGCCGCAUCCUCACCUACCGGGACCGGAAGACAGGCUGGAUUGGGGAGCUGGGAGCCAUGCGCAUGCCCAGCUCGCACAGGAUCCUCCACGAGCUCUGCAAGAGUCUGGGACUCAACCUGACCAAAUUCACUCAGUAUGAUGAGAACACGUGGGUAGAGGUCAACAACCUGAAGCUGCGCAACUAUGUGGUGGAGAAGAUGCCAGAGAAGCUGGGCUACAAGCUGCGCCCCAGGGAGAAGGGCCACUCGCCCGAAGAAAUCUAUCAGAUGGCUCUCAACCAGGCCCUCAAAGAUCUCAAGAAACUGGGCUGCAGAAAGGCAAUGAAGAAGUUUGAAAGGCACACGCUCCUGGAAUACCUCCUCGGGGAGGGGAACUUGAGCCAGCCGGCCGUUCGGCUCCUGGGAGACGUGAUGGCCAAGGACGGCUUCUUCUAUCUCAGCUUUGCGGAGGCCCUAAGGGCCCACAGCUGCCUCAGCGACCGGCUCCGGUACAGCCGCAUCGUGGGCGGCUGGGACCUGCUGCCGCGCGCGCUGCUGAGCUCGCUGUCGGGGCCAGUGUUGCUGCACGCGCCUGUCGUGGCGAUAACGCAGGGGACGCACAAUGUGCGCGUGCACGUCGCGAGCUCGCGCGGGGCCCGGAGUCUGAAGGCCAUGACCGCCGAUGUGGUGCUGCUCACCGCGAGCGGGCCGGCGCUACAGCGCAUUGCCUUCUCGCCGCCGCUGACGCGCAGGGGGCAGGAGGCGCUGCGCGCGCUGCACUACGUGCCGGCCACCAAGGUGUUCCUGAGCUUCCGCCGACCCUUUUGGCACGACGAGCACAUCGAGGGCGGCCACUCGAGCACCGCCCGCCCGUCGCGCGUGAUAUUCUACCCGCCGCCGGGAGAGGGCGCGCUGCUUCUGGCUUCGUACACGUGGUCGGACGCGGCCACCGCCUUCGCCGGCCUGAGCCAGGAGGAGGCGAUGCGCGUGGCGCUCGACGACGUGGCGGCGCUGCACGGGACGAUCGUGUACCGGCUCUGGGACGGCAGCGGCACAAUCAAACGCUGGGCCGAGGACCCACACAGCCAGGGCGGCUUCGUGGUGCAGCCGCCGACGCUCUGGCAAGACGGCGGGGACGACGGGCAGGACUACGACUGGUCAGUCCCCUACGGCCGCAUCUACUUCGCCGGUGAGCACACGGCCUACCCGCACGGCUGGGUGGAGACUGCUGUCAAGUCGGCGCUGCGCGCGGCCGUGUUAAUCAACAGCCGCGAAGGGCACAGCCGCGAGGGGCACACGCUGGUCAACGAGGAGGGGCUCGUGCGCCAGGUGCCCAGCCGUCCCCGGUGCGAGUUCCAAAAGGCUGGUGCCACCCACGCUCCGGCCCCACAUGGGAUGACCGCUCAGCACACCAAGAGACCCGAGCAUUAAAAAUGUAUUUUCAGAAAAA